AUGGGAAACGGACAAAAAGCACAAAUGAAGCGUGAGCGCAACGCCAAAAACGCGGGCGGCAUCGCCAACAGUCAGCUCAAGGCUAACGAGGCUGCCAAGAACAUUGUUUGCCAAACCUGCCGCCAGACCUUUUUGUGCACUAUUCGCACCAAAGCCCUCGAAGAGCAUGCCACCAACAAGCACAGCAAAACCGUCAACGAUUGUUUCCCUGGAUUCGUUGAGACCCCCAAGAAGUAG